AUGGCCUCGGUUGUGUCAAAAUUUAAGGGUACUGUUUUCCUAAUUGCGAAUGGUUCUAGAAAUCUAGGAAGAAUAUGUGCAGAAAACUUUGUUCAGAGAGGAGGGAGAGUUGUUUUAUGUGACACAGACACAGAAGCAGGAGAAGAAAUACAAGAGAGUUUGGGAAGAAAUAACUGCUUGUUUUUUACUGCAGAUCUAACAAAAGAAGAAGAUGUUGAGAAGGCAAUAAAUUUGACGGAAGAGAAGUUUGGAAAACUUGAUGUUACGAUCAAUUGCCCGAGUUAUGCAAGGACUAGCAAAAUUCAUAUCAAAUCUCAGAUAGAGAGAGAAAAUUCACAUGAAAACACGCAAACUGAAACCAGGGGAGAAAAGUUAACAGAGGAGUUUAUGGAGAAACUUUUAAGGGAAAAUUUGACCAGCACAUUUAAUGUAUGUAGGCUAAGUGCUGGACUGAUGUCUAAAAAUGAACCUGACUCAAAUGGACAAAGAGGGGUAAUCAUCAACAAGUCUCACACUUUAGGAUUUGGAAGUUCCCUAGUUCCUUACACCAUGUCCCAGGCUGCGAUAAUUGGAAUGACACUUCCAAUGGCCAGGGAUUUUAACGAUCUGGGUAUAAGAGUCAACAGUAUUGCAACAGGGUUUUUAGACUACCAAAUACCAGAGGGAUGGCCUAAGAAAAGAGAGCGAAAGUUUUGUAGUUUAAUGGCAUUUCCUCAUAAACUUGGUUCAUCACAAACAUUCUACCAUCUUUGUGAGAAAAUAAUUGACAAUCCAUAUGUGAAUGGAGAAGUUAUCAAACUAGAUGCAGGGGUGCAAGCAGUGAUACUGUGAUAAAAAAUAUUCAGUCAAUACACAUUUCUUAAUAUUCAGAUAUAUAGCUGAAAUACCUGUAUGGUUAGACUAAACGUUUGCUCUGGAUAUCAAAGUUUUGAGGAGUUUUCAGGAAGCCAUGCAGGUUUGCAUUAUAUGAUUUGCCGUCAUGCUAUGAACUCUACAUCAUUGCUAACACAAAAGAAGUUAUAGUGUAGGAAAAAGAAAGCAGAUAUGGUCCAUCCCAGAUAUACAUUUACUUGUAAUUUGAAAGAUGAGAGCACUACACUCUAUAUUAUGAAUUCUGAAUGAUAAAUGGUACAUGAAAUGCAUAGAGUUUUAAUAAAAAAAAAAAGAAAGAUCUGUUUUAAGAAUGUAAU